CUUUAUUCACAGUCGUGCCGGAGAGUGCAUCGACGACAUAACAGCACAACACAUUUACACGCAUCCCUGCGCGUUGAUUCGUCUAAAGGGUUUUGUCGUUGUUGUUUCCGCUAACGAGAGUACGCGAGUUAGCGUGGUUCCAGCACGAUCGACUUGUAUCACUCGGCCGAAAGAUGUAUUAUCUGCAGCUAAUCGUGCUCUGCGUGACGGUAGCCAGCGUUAUUGGUGAUCUGCCACCGGGCACACGGCGCAACACUUACCUGCCGCCAGAGCCGACGAAAGGUUACUCGUACAGCAAGCCAUCGGUACCAUUUCCAAAACCCACGCCGACGGUGCCGUUUCCCACUCCGAGCUUCCCUGGACCUAGACCAACGCCAUCCUUUCCUGCACCCAGGCCGACGCCGUCCUACCCUGCACCUAGACCAACACCGUCCUACCCUGCACCUAGACCAACGCCAUCCUUCCCCUCACCCAGGCCGACCUUCCCCAGACCGACGCCCACCUACCCACAGCCUAGCAGAACUCCAGGAACUUUUCCGACGGCGCCCACAGGAUAUCCCAGAGUAAGACCCACACCUCCUUUCCCGGAAUAUACCGGCCAACAAAGCGGUGAUGAGAGUAGCGUUAUCGGUGGUCCUGGUCAUGAUCAUCAUCAUCACGAACCUGGUAUGCCCUUUGAUUUCAACUACGCCGUGAAAGAGGAUGCUUUCGGCAACGAUUAUUCACACAAUGCCAUUAGCGACGGCGAAGUUGUCCGUGGUGAAUAUAAGGUACAACUUCCGGACGGUAGAACGCAACUUGUGCGAUACACCGCGGAUUGGCAACACGGUUUUAGCGCACAGGUUUCUUAUGAUGGAAAUCCUCGCUUCGACGGUGGAAAUUUCAAUCGAGGCUAUUAGCUUUAAUGUCGGGUUCUAGGGUUGUUCAAUUUCUGUUAAAUCAAAAGACUACAAAACCCAACAUCGCAUAUAGAGCAUGUAACAAUAUUUUUAAAGAUAUUGAAAAUUAGCAAAGAUGUAUCAUGAAAGUAUGAUAACUCACAUAGAAGACAAAUGUUCACUACAUAUUUCUUAAUAUAAU